GCGCUCUCGCCCGGCCGCACCAUGCCGCGGCGGCGCGGGUGCUGCCUGCCGCCCCUGCUCUGCACUUUAGCCGCGCUGAGCCUGCCGCUGCUGCUGGCCGCGGAGCCCCGCGCCAGAAGUUGCUCCGAAGUGCGGAGGCUGUACGCGGCCAAGGGCUUCAGCCAGAGCGAAGCGCCCAGCCACGAGAUCAGCGGUGACCAUUUGAAAGUUUGCUCACAAGGCUACACGUGCUGCUCCCAGGAGAUGGAGGAGAAGUACAGCCAGCAGAGUAAACACGACUUCAGGAACGCCGUUGUGGAGCUUAGCAAUCACCUACAAACCAUGUUCAGUUCCCGCUACAAGAAGUUUGAUGAGUUCUUCAAGGAACUCCUCGAAAACGCGGAGAAGUCCCUGAACGACAUGUUCGUGCGGACGUACGGCCGCUUGUACAUGCAGAACUCGGAGCUGUUCAAGGACCUGUUUGUGGAGCUGAAGCGGUACUACGUCGGUGGCAACGUCAACCUGGAGGAGAUGCUCAACGAGUUCUGGGCGCGCUUGCUGGAGCGCAUGUUCCGGCUGGUGAACCCCCAGUACCACUUCACGGACGAGUACCUCGAGUGCGUCAGCAAGUACACGGAGCAGCUGAAGCCCUUCGGGGACGUGCCACGGAAGCUCAAGCUCCAAGUGACGCGAGCGUUCGUGGCUGCCCGCACCUUCGCGCAGGGCCUCGCCGUCGCAAGGGACGUUGUGAGCAAAGUGUCCGCGGUGAACCCCACGCCGCAGGGGACACGGGCGCUGUUGAAAAUGAUGUACUGCCCCCACUGCCGAGGUCUGGUGUCGGUGAAACCCUGCUACAACUACUGCUUUAACGUCAUGAGAGGCUGCUUGGCCAACCAAGGCGACUUGGACGCUGAGUGGAAUAUCUUUAUGGAUUCGAUGUUGCUGGUAGCAGAGAGGCUGGAGGGUCCCUUCAAUAUCGAGUCAGUCAUGGACCCCAUUGAUGUGAAGAUUUCAGAUGCCAUCAUGAACAUGCAGGAGAACAGCAUGCAGGUGUCCCAGAAGGUUUUCCAGGGAUGCGGCCAGCCAAAACCCCUUGCCCAGGGCCGGGCUGCGCGCUCCAUCUCCGAAAGCGGUUUCGGUGCUCGCUUCAGGCCCUACAACCCGGAGGAGAGGCCAACCACAGCCGCCGGCACGAGCUUGGACCGGCUGGUUACUGAUGUGAAAGAGAAGCUGAAGCAAGCCAAAAAGUUUUGGUCAUCUCUCCCUGGCAACAUUUGCAACGAUGAAAAGAUGUCUGUAGGCACUGUCAAUGAGAAUGAGUGCUGGAAUGGGAGCGCCAAGAGCAGGUAUGACUUUGCGGUGACUGGGAACGGCUUAGCAAGUCAAGUGAAUAACCCCGAGGUGGAAGUUGAUAUUACCAAGCCAGACAUGGUGAUUCGCCGGCAAAUCAUGGCUCUGCGGGUGAUGACCAACAAGCUGAAGAAUGCCUAUAGUGGGAAUGAUGUCGACUUCAUUGACAUAAGCGAGGAGAGCAGUGGGGAGGAGAGCGGCAGCGGCUGCGAGCCCCAGCAGUGCUCCUCGGAGUUCGAGUUCAACGCCACCGAAGUCACCGGGAGCUCCACCAAGAGCGAUAAGAACGCGAACACUUCUGCUGCUGCCCGGGGCAGUCUAUCACAAGCAGCCUUGCUCCUUAGCAUCUUCCUCUUGGCUGUGCAAAGACAAUGGAGAUAAUUGUGCAGCGUAGGGGUGGGGGGGGAAAGACUUUUAUUAUCAAAGUUAGAAGGCACCUGCUUUCACUUUUAUACCAUCUAGGGACUUGGCUUUUUAAGUUAAUGGACAACGGUGUACAGUUUUUACUAUGUUGCCACUGGUUUUAAGAUACUGGUUAUUUUUUUUUCCCUUGGUAUGCUGGGAAUAACAGGACCGGGGGGUACCAGUCUGUCCCGUUCACCAAGAAUCCAUGUGAGAGGUGGAUAACAGAAAUGUAUAUACAAGCCUGUAGUUAGCUCUGCAUUUGUGUCUUUAUCACUUUUCUUUUUUUUUUUUUUUUAAUUUUAUUUUAUUUUACCAUGUUUCCUACAAAAACGAAAGAGCCCUGGGGUCUCCUUGGCCUGUAACAAGUCUGUGUUUCCGAAAUGAGAACUAUCUGUACAGAAGCAGGUUUUAUUUAUCAUGUUAUCUAAUGGGGGGAAAGAAAAACCAACUGCCCAACAAGCAGAAAACGUGUUUCAUGUAGUUAACUUCCCAUUUAUCCACAUUAUGUUGGUUGCCUUAUCUGGAAAGAGGUGGAAGUGAUUUGCCUUUAUUCUGCGGUAUAACAAGAGGCAAAGGCAGAGCUGGUCAGUGUGCCAAGUGGCCUGCUUGCACAGGGCAUUAAUGCCAGGAGCAGGUUGUACUUGUAAAGAAACAAGAGGUUUGGUGAAAUUGGAAGAGACUACGGAGAGCUCCGGUUCUUCAGGCACUGGGAAGAGUUGUCGUUUGUCCCCCGGGAUCCUUGCAAUUAGCUGUAACUUCUGCAGGUCAGUUCCUGACGUGCAUCCCCCUUGGGAAUAAGGCAUUAAACUUGUUCAGUUGGAAGCACCUUGUCGUCUCACAGAUCCAAAUGCCAACAUGUAUCUCGUCUGCAAAUGUGUUAGGUGAAUGCUGGAUUCGGCUCUUAGUGUUGGUUUGGUUUUGAGGGAUGCGAAGUGGGAGGGAAGGGGAGGGGUGUUGGAUUGGUUUGUGCAAGAGUUGUGAUUUCCUCUCCCAUGGGGGACAAGAGGAAAGGAGCAGGUGAGCAGUGCCCCAUGGCACUGGUGCAGGCAAAUCCGAGUUGGAGCUGGUAGGGCUGAAACUCCUCCUUUUCCACGUAUUUGAUUUUCUGGGAGCCAAUUCCCAGUGACUGCAGCUUUUCGGCAUCACCCGAGACACCCUCCUCUCCUUACCUGCGCUUCUGCAGUUGGAACAGUGUUGUGGUGGAUGGCAGCAACUCACUGAUAAAAGAAAUGUAUAUUUUUUAAGACAAGAGAUGAAAUAGCUUUUAAAAGAGUUUAGGGAGAACAAGAAAAGGCUUUGGAAAGACUCAAAAUCAUUCUGCACAUCUCCUCUUGCUUUAGGUAGUCUUUGGGUCUGGCUGGAUGCCGGGGGAGCAAUCCGGAGAGGGAGGCUGUGCUCCAUUCCACCCUCGUGUUGUAAGGAUGAUUUUCUAUUUUUAUAUUGAAGCAUUAUUGUUAGCUCAGGGUCAGCAUUACAUUCAACUUUAUAUUUUCACACCAAAUUGCUGCAAAGCUAUAAAGGAGGAGUAUUCUUGGCCGGUAUAAGCAAUGCUGGAGGCUUAAUUUUACUAGAAGUAGCCAGUUAUUUAUUAAAACAUGCUGUUAGUAGAGGUAGGGAGAUUCUGGCUGGAUUAUUUUUCUUUAGAAGCUAAAUCAUGGAACUAUAACAUUGGGAAAAUUCUCAAUUUAUGUGUGGGAAAAAAUGGAUUGUAAAUAGCGAAGUUGCCUUGCGAGGCAUUGGGAAAUGUGCUGAUGCUUAGAAACUACCUCAGUUCUGAGGAAUUUCCUUUCUAGCUUUGAGUGCUGUUACACGGACUUGGUAGAAGUGAAUCUGGUUUCCAAUAUGUAGCUGAAAGAGUUAUCCCUAUAGACCUUGUUAGAUGGUUUUUAAUUUAGAGGGUUGAACUCCAUCCAGCUGUUUUCUUUCAGCUCAGUUCCCUAACAAAGCGAAUUUCUGCAUUAAAUAUUGCUGAUGGUUUCCAUGA